UGUUAGAACUGCUUUAGAUAAUAUACAUAUUGUGAUUACUAAACAUCACUUUAUCAGGAAAUGAUAACAGUAGAUGUUCUGGCUUCUUGAGUAUCUUUAYAAUUAUAAUUUCAUAUUUUUAUUUUUUAUCGAUUAAAUGUUUUAUAAAUUAUGAGGAAGUUAAAUGUCUUAUUUCAGCCACAAUUAUUUCAUAAGUACAAUUUGGUGUUCAAUAAAACAAUGUUUAUCCGGUCAACAAACAAGCCAAAUGCAGAAUCAGUUACAAGACCUAACGUGUUACAACCAUAUUCUAAGUUUUUUGUCUUAGAUUUUGAAGCUACGUGUGACAACGGGGCUAAUUUACUAAAACCUCAGGAAAUAAUUGAAUUCCCGUGUAUACUUGUAGAACUUAACAUGACCAAAGGAGAUUUCAAAGUAGUAUCGUGUUUUCAUUCAUAUGUUAAACCUAUAAUUCAUCCAGUGCUGACAGAAUAUUGUACACAUUUGACUGGUAUUACGCAAGAUAUGGUCUGUAAUAGCCCACCAUUUGAUGAUGUCUUCUUCAAUUUUUGUAAUUGGCAUAAUGAUCACACUAAUAUGGAAAAAGAAAAAUCCAUUAUCGUAACUUCAGGAAACUGGGACAUUGGCAACAUGUUCAUUGAACAAUGUAAAUUGUUUCCUUCAACAAUAAAAAUUCCAGAGUUCAUGUGUACUUGGAUAAAUAUUAAAAAGUUAUUUGCUUUGACAAUGGGACAAUAUCCAUUAGGUAUAAAAAGUAUGCUUAAGACUACAAAUUCAAAACAAUUUGGUAAUAUUCACAGUGGAAUUGAUGAUUGUGUUAACAUUAUUACCAUUAUGAACCAAUUAUCACAGAGAGGUUGUAUAUUUCAAGCUACUAACAAAAUAAUCAGUGUAUAGAUUAUAUCUUGUAUACUGUACCAAACAAGUUAAAUUAAAAUAAAUAAUAGAAAUUUUAA